AUGAGUUCCUUACAACGUAAAAAAUCUUUAUUUCGAUUUUUUGGUCGAAAACGACAAUCUCAUUCCGCUCGUCUUCCUGCGGAUUGCCUAUAUGACAUUUUCAAUCUUCUUAAAGAUGACAUUAAAUCUCUUCACUCUUGCAUUCUUGUUAACAGACUUUGGUGUGAAACUGCAAUUCCUUAUUUAUGGUCACAUCCUUUUAAAAGAUCUACUCCCCCUGCUCCUUCACUAAUCAGCGUUCUUGUCGCAUGUCUCUCUGAUGAUGAAAAAUCGGUUCUUGUUCAAAAUGGUAUUAAAUUAUCUUCUCAACUUAAAAGACCACCAACUUUUGAUUACGCUUCUUUUAUUCCACAUCUUAGUUUAGAAAGUCUUUACUCUAGUGUUCAAAAUUGGACUAUGCGACAAUCAGUAAAAAGGCGUAGUUCAAUAUCUUCUCAAUGUAUUUCUGGUAUCAAUACUUCUGCUCUUUCGGUAUAUUAUUCUCUAUGUCGUUUAUUAUUUGGAAAUAUAUCUACUAUCACUUCAUUAAAAUUGGAUCGACCAACUAAACUUUCUUCUCCUACUGCGGAUGAUUCUUUGGGAAUUGAUCUAUCUCUUCAAAAUAUUAAAAAUUUAACCAUCCGUUAUACUUCUGAUCACUUUUUAUUCGAUCCACUUCUUAAACAAGCUGAAAAUAUUGAAUAUUUAUCCGUGAUAAAGUCGUCAGAAGCUGGUCUUCGUAAUUUUGAAGAUUUACAAUAUUUAUCUUCUUUGAUAUUUUCUCAAUCUAAAUUACGAAGUUUCUCUCUUAUGUGUUAUGAUACCGUUAAUGGUUUUUCUCCAAGCGUUUUGACUCCUCUUGCAAGUCAAGCUGAUACUCUUGUUUCUCUUAUUCUUCACGGAAUUCCUUUCCCAGGUGACUCUUCUAUUCAUGCUUUAACUAUUUGUACAAAUCUUGAAGAAUUAGAUAUUCGUCGUUGCACUAAUGGUCCUGGUUGUCAAUUGGAUCAAAUUUUAAAUGUUGAAUUCCCUAAUCUUCGUAAAGUAAAAGUCGUGGAAUCUUCAAUUCUUUGGGGUCAUCUUAUUGCUUCUGCAAUUCAAAAAAAUCCUACAGAUUUAGAAGAGUUACAUUAUCAACCAUGGGAAGACGAGGAACAUGAUGUUUUAUCUACUUCUAUUAUACAAAGUAUUACCAAAUGGCAACCAAAAUUGAAAAAAUUUGGUAUUGCUCUUGGUGCAGAUGAAAUUCCUUCAUUGAUAGAAAUCUUAAAUGUUCCAGGAUGUAAAUUAGAAUUCCUUAGUUUAUUUUCUUUAGGUAAACAAGAAAAUGACCUUGAAAAAAUUUGGCCAGAAUUAGGAAAAAGUUUACCUACUACUUUAAAACAUCUUAAUAUAUGGAUAUUCAUUGGAGCAAGAGCGAUGAAUCUUUUCUUGAAAAAUACUAAAGCUGUUCUAGAUUCACUAUAUGUUGAUUCUUGGUUUGAAGAUUAUACACAUCCUCCUUAUAUUAAUUUACUUUCUGAUUAUCUCAAAGACCGACCCAUAGAUAUGGAUAACUUUUUCCAUCCAGUAUUACAUUAA